AUGUCUACAACGACCACAACCAAUGCUCAUAUUCUCAAGACCACCGCCACCGACCAUGUUAACACAGGCAGAGUUGCGCCUGAGGUAUUCAAGCGAGCCCAAGAUAAGAUCUAUGGUAUCAAGCAUGAAGAUUGGAGAGAUGAUUUCAUCGGAGACGGAUAUGUCGUGGUGAAAUCUGUUAUUUCAGCCGAGAAAGCCGAAAGUUACAGAAAGAGAAUGUUCGAAUAUUUGAAAUCACACAAUUCCAAUUUCGAUAUCAACGAUAGAUCUACCUGGGUCGAACAAAACCUGCCGGUUCACACUGACCACAACAUCUAUUACAAUUAUGGAUGCAGCCACGAGGAUUUUUUGUGGGAUCUGAGGACUGAGCCAGGUGUAAUCGGACCGUUCUCAAAGCUCUGGGAUACCGAGGAUUUGCUAGUAUCUUUUGAUGGCUUUAACGUGAGUUUUCCCAACCGUCCUGACCGCGUUGGCGCUAGUCCUGCGUGGCCUCACGUUGACCAAUCGCCUUUGAAGGAAGGAUUGCAAUGUGCUCAGGGAAUAGUUUCGUUAUCAAGAUCUGGGCCUGAGGAUGGAAGUUUGGUUGUACUUAAAGGUUCUCAUAAUCUGAUAGCAAAAUUUUUUAAUGAAGAGGUGAAGCGGGAAACCUGGUCCGAGGCGGACGUCUACCGUUUUACCCCAGAAGAGUAUAAUUGGUUCUUGAAACAUGGAUGCGAGAUGGUAAAGCUUGAGGUAGAACCUGGCGAUUUGAUUCUUUGGGACUCAAGAACGAUCCAUUGGGGAGCGGAACCAAACUCUGAGAGUGAUGUCAUCAGAAGUGUUGUGUAUGCGUCGUAUACACCAGUCAAUUUUGCUACUGUAGAUACUCUAAAGUUGAAAUCUGAGUUUUUCAGCCAAUGGAUGGGGACUUCGCAUUGGGCACAUGAUAAUCUCAGACCUCGGAGACAGAUCCCAAGAUUUGCGGAUGGAACUCCUGAUCCAAGAAACCGUGCAGAACCGUUGAGAAAGCCAGAAAUGAAUGAUACAAUCUUGAGGUUUGCCGGGGUAAUUCCAUACUAG